UCUGGCUCCUCCCCAUAGCGGCGCUGACAGGACGGGAAGUAGUUCCGGCGGGCGGAGGGAUCGCAGUGCGGAGAGGAUGGUGCCCGCCGGGUGAGGAGACAUGAGGAGAUCCCGGCUCACCCCCGAGAAGGCGGGGCAAGGAGGGGAGCCCCGGAGGAGCGACGAUAGGACCCACGGGGAGCAGGAUAAUCAUCCUCACCCGGCUUCACUGCUCUUCAGAAAACUCAGCAAUCCGGAUCUCUUCUCUUCUUCGGGGAAGACGAAACUACAUCGCCAGCUGAGCCAGGAUGACUGCAAGCUCCGCAGGGGAAGCCUGACCGGCACAGUAGCGGGAAAACAGCUCCUCCCCCUCUCUAGCAGCGUGCACAGCGGCGUGGGCCAGCUAACAUGGCAGCCUCCAGGAGAAUCGUCCAAUCUGGUCCGGAUGAGGAACCAAUCUCUGGGCCAAUCGGCUCCGUCUCUAACCGCCGGCCUGAAGGAACUGAGUCUCCCCAGAAGAGGAAGCUUAAUCUUCUCCCCGCUGACCUCCCUGUGCCGAGGAAGUGAUGUCCCGCGCCGCCUUCAGUCCCCAUCCUCCGCUCCAAACCUCCAGCACCUCAAACUCCCGUACAGCGCCGACUGCGCCCUGGACGUCUCUCCGCUAUCCAUACACGGCAUCCCUCAUCCGCACAGCAAUCCCGCCAGCCCGUCCGGCAACAGCCCCUUACACUGGAGUCCUGUUUCAUGUUUUUCCUUUUCUCUCCCUCUGUCCAGUCCCGGCCGUUGCCCCAUUACGUAUGAUGGGGAGAUUGUAAUGAUGAACCAUGUCUACAAAGAAAGAUUUCCCAAGGCCAAGGCGCAGAUGGAAGAGCGAUUGGCGGAUUUCAUCGGCAGCAACACUCCGGAGAACGUUCUCCCGCUGGCAGACGGCGUCCUGAGCUUCAUCCAUCACCAGGUGAUCGAGCUGGCUCGUGAUUGCCUGGCCAAGUCUCGUGACGGACUCAUUACUUCCCGCUACUUCUAUGAGCUUCAGGAGAACCUGGAGAAACUGCUGCAAGAUGCUCAUGAGCGCUCAGAGAGCUCUGAAGUGGCCUUCGUCACCCAACUUGUCAAGAAACUGAUGAUCGUCAUCGCUCGCCCGGCUCGCCUCCUGGAGUGUCUGGAAUUUGACCCAGAAGAAUUCUAUCAUCUCUUGGAAGCUGCUGAAGGUCAUGCCAAAGAAGGAGAGGGCAUCAAAUCCGACAUCCCCCGCUACAUCAUCAGUCAGCUGGGGCUCAAUAGGGAUCCCUUGGAGGAAAUGGCCCAGUUGAACAGCUAUGACAGCGGCAGCGCCGACACUCCAGAGACUGACGACUCUGUGGAGGGCCGCAGCACCGCGCCUGUAAUUCAGCCAAAGAAAACUCCCUCAGAGGAAGAGUUUGAGAACAUCAAACUGAUCAGCAACGGGGCUUAUGGGGCGGUGUAUCUGGUACGACACAAGAGCACGCGGCAGCGGUUCGCUAUGAAGAAGAUCAACAAGCAGAAUUUAAUCUUGAGGAACCAAAUCCAGCAGGCCUUUGUGGAGAGGGACAUUCUGACCUUUGCCGAGAACCCUUUUGUGGUCAGCAUGUUCUGCUCCUUCGAGACGAAGCGCCACUUGUGUAUGGUGAUGGAAUACGUAGAAGGGGGCGAUUGCGCUACUCUCCUGAAGAAUAUCGGCGCCCUUCCUGUGGAAAUGGCCAGGAUGUAUUUCGCAGAAACAGUUCUUGCGUUGGAAUAUCUCCAUAACUACGGGAUCGUCCACCGAGAUCUCAAGCCGGAUAACCUCCUCAUCACCUCCAUGGGGCACAUCAAGCUGACAGAUUUUGGGCUUUCUAAGAUUGGGCUGAUGAGCCUAACGACCAAUCUGUAUGAAGGACACAUUGAAAAGGACACCCGAGAGUUCCUGGAUAAACAGGUGUGCGGCACCCCAGAAUACAUUGCUCCAGAGGUCAUCCUGAGGCAGGGCUAUGGGAAGCCUGUGGACUGGUGGGCAAUGGGGGUCAUUCUUUAUGAAUUUUUGGUGGGCUGCGUCCCCUUCUUUGGAGACACCCCAGAAGAGCUGUUUGGACAGGUGAUCAGUGAUGAGAUUGCCUGGCCAGACGGAGAGGAUGCUCUGCCAACCGAUGCCCAGGAUAUCAUCUCCAGACUUCUCAGCCAAAACCCCCUGGAACGAAUGGGUACAGGUGGAGCCUAUGAGGUGAAGCAGCACCGAUUCUUCAAGCCUCUGGACUGGAACGGGCUUCUGCGACAGAAAGCGGAGUUCAUUCCACAGCUGGAAUCUGAGGAUGACACCAGUUACUUUGACACUCGCUCGGAGAGGUAUCAGCAUUUGGACUCAGAGGAGGAGGAUGACACAAAUGAUGAGGAUCGCUUGGAGAUCAAACAGUUUUCUUCCUGUUCACCCAGAUACAGCAAGGUGUACAGCAGCAUGGAGCGCCUGGCUAUUCAUGAGGAGAGAACUCCCCCACCCACAAAGCGCAGCCUGAGCGAGGAGAAGGACGACAAGAUAGACAACUUAGGAGGGCUGAAGAGCAGAGACCGAACCUGGAUCAUCGGAUCGCCAGAAAUUCUCCGGAAACGUCUCUCUGCCUCAGAGUCGUCCCACACUGAGAGCGACUCCAGCCCGCCGCUGACGGUGCGCAGGCGCUGCUCAACUCUUAUCGACAUGCCGCGCUUCGCCAUCUCCACUGAAGAGGAACUCCGCUUGCAGAAGAAAGCAACGCCGCAUGAAACUACUUCAACGCCGACCUCCUCCUCCCACGAUGGAGCCGCGCAGCCUGUGGAGCGAGAGCUGAAACUGGAUGAAGAUCUGGGAUCGAAUACUCCAUCCUCUACCUCCAGUAACAUCAGCACCUCCACCACACUGACAGCGGGCAGCACGGCCGACUUCUCGGAUCAGAGCACGCACAUCACCGGCACGGACUCCUCCGACUUCACCUCCCCAAAGGCCAUCAGUGACCUGGCUGUGAGGAGAGCGCGUCAUCGGCUGCUGUCCGGGGACUCCGGAGAGAAACGCGCUUCCCGACCUGUCAAUAAAGUCAUCAAAUCUGCAUCUGCCACGGCGCUGUCCCUAAUGAUCCCCUCCGAUCACCACACGUGUUCCCCUCUGGCCAGUCCCAUGUCCCCGCGUUCGCAGUCCUCCAACCCGUCAUCCCGGGACUCCUCCCCGAGCCGUGACUUCUCCCCCGCCGUCUCCCACCUCAAACCGCCAACCAUCAUUUACCGCGCCGGAAAGAAGUACGGCUUCACUCUACGAGCCAUCCGUGUGUACAUGGGGGAGAGCGACAUCUACACCGUGCAUCACUUGGUCUGGCACGUGGAAGACGACGGUCCUGCGCACGAGGCCGGACUGCGAGAAGGCGAUCUCAUCACUCAUGUCAACGGGGAACCCGUCCAUGGAUUGGUCCAUACAGAAGUUGUGGAGCUGAUCCUGAAGAGCGGGAAUAAAGUCUCCAUAUCCACCACGCCCUUUGAGAACACUUCUAUAAAAGUCGGGCCGGCGCGGAAGUCCAGUCACAAGUCUAAAAUGGCUCGCCGCAACAAGAAGACUAAAAGCAAAGACGGGCAAGAGAGCAGUAAGAAGAAAAGUUCGCUUUUUCGGAAGAUCACAAAACAAUCGUCACUUCUGCACACCAGCCGCAGCCUGUCCUCCCUGAACCGCUCGCUGUCCUCCGGGGAGAGCGUGCCGGGAUCUCCGACUCACGUUCUGUCCCCGCGAUCCCCGACCCAGGGCUACCGCUCCACGCCAGACUCCGCCCACUCAGUGGCCGGGAACUCCUCCCAGAGCAGCUCUCCGAGCUCCAGCGUUCCCAAUUCCCCGGCCAGCUCUGGACACAUCCGGCCCAGCUCUCUACACGGACUGGCCCCGAAGCUGCAACGGCAAUACCGCUCUCCUCGGAGAAAAUCGGCAGGGAACAUACCACUGUCCCCUCUGGCACAUACACCGUCCCCCACGUCGCAGUCCACCUCCCCCCAACGCUCUCCCUCUCCUCUACCGGGGCACGGCUUGGGCAACUGCAACCUCAUGCAAUCCUUCCCGGUGAAGCUGCACUCUUCUCCGCCCCUGGUGCGCCAGAUCUCCCGACCAAAGAGCGCCGAGCCCCCCCGCUCUCCUCUGCUGAAGAGGGUCCAGUCUGCGGAGAAGUUGUCGGGCUCGCUGUCCUCGGAGAAGAAGCUGGCUUCCUCCCGGAAACACAGUCUGGACAUCUCUCACUCCGACUUCAAGAAGGAGAUCCUGCAGAGGGACCUGAGCCUGCAAUGUCUGCCCGAGUCCCUGAGCGAGAGCGGCGGAGGAGGGAAGGUGGGGAUCGCCGAGAAAGGGACGCUGCAGAAGCCGUCGUCGCGAAAGCUCGGGGCCAUUCGCCAGGACAGGGUGGAGAGGAGGGAGUCUCUGCAGAAACAGGAGGCCAUCCGAGAAGUGGAUUCCUCCGAGGACGAGACGGACGACGGCUCGGAGGAUAGUCAGGACGGGAGGAGACUGUCCUUCAGGACGGACCAGGAUUCGGGUUCUGGAUUCAGCGAUGAGAAAGAUUCCCUCCAGACCCGACGCAAGAGCAGGAGCGACAGCGACUCCUACCUGCUACUCGUCUCCCGGAGUAGAAGUGAAUCAACAGCGUCCGGCACCCUUACCCCCAACUUAUCCUGUCCUAAGCUGUCAGAGUGUAGGUCUAGAACACUCCCAGAGACUUACCUGACGUCUGCUGCUCAAGCCGCAACUCUAAAGCACAAUACCAAUCGUGCCCACAUGGGUCCGCGGGUGCCCGCGAAACCACUCCAUGAACUGAGCCGCCAUGACAGUCCGCAGAGUGCGGGGGCGCAGCCUGGCGUUGCCCUUCCCGUAGACUCCGACAAGAUGGAGGUGCCCGUGUGUCCUCAGGCUGGUGUUCCUGAGAUCGUACCCACACCUUAUGCAGCCACUUCACAGACUGAUGCGGUACACUGCCCCGCCCCUGCCACCCUUUGCCCCACCCCUUCCACCCCCUGCCCAGCUGCUAGCGUGCAAUAUGUGACAACUGCCAGCGACCCAGGGCAGCAGGGACUCGAAAAGCAAUGCACUUUACUCGAUCCUGGCGAGACCGCGGCAGCGGCGCUGGGUGACAAAGCUGCCUCUCUCGCCACACCGAUGGCCACAAGUGUCCUGGGACCGGUGAAGCUCGCCGUGCCGGGAGCCAAGGAGGCCGGCCACCAGUUGGGAUCGCGGGAGAACACGCAGAAGAGGUCCGAUAUUUCAAGGUCCGAGUCCGUUCAGAGCAUGAAGAGCCCGUAUGCCGAGGGAGCUUUCAGGACAUGCUCCUCUCUGAACGAGUGCAACGCGGCCGCCAUCGGCCAGCAGACGGACACUAAGAGCUCAGAGCUCCCCUCCUCCGCGGACCACCCUGUGGUCAGGUCUCAGUCACUGGGCGGGCUGAGCCAGAAGCUGCAGGGGGAGGGGAGAGCGGACUGUCCCCCCUCACAGACAGACAGGAAAACAUAGCAGCCUUGUGUGAGCCUGGACUGUGUGUGCUGUGUACAUUUCUGUAAAGAGAACCUCCCUUGUCUUUCCGUGUCUGAAGAGUAAAAGUCUGCACCCCCCCAACUGCCUCUUAUCAAUACAGGGUACCCCCAACCCCCAUGCUUCCCAUAGACACAUCCUGUAGAUUCCUUUUCUAUGAGCAGAUUGGAAGUUAUUGCUGGAAGGAAGAAAUGGGGGGGAUUUAUAAAGUUGGUCACAGAGAGAAUCCGCUUCCUUUUCCCGGCAGAUCUCGCCUAGUUCCCGGCCGGAUAUCUUUCAUUGUCGCCCCUCUGCCGUCUUCAUGUAUCAAUCUUCUUCCAUUGAUUAUCAAUAUUCCAUCUAAAAGUGUCCCAACCCC